AACCAGUCCACCGAGAAUCUCUCCGCUUUCCACUCAUUUCGACAAAGUAGAGAGAGAAAUUAGUCGGUGUGCUUGAGAUCGGCGGCCAUGGCUUCUUCAACUGAACGUGAAAACUUCAUCUAUGUCGCCAAGCUUGCCGAGCAAGCCGAACGCUACGACGAAAUGGUGGAUGCUAUGAAGAAGGUAGCAAAGUUGGAUGUGGAACUAACUGUUGAAGAAAGGAACUUGCUCUCAGUUGGGUACAAGAAUGUGGUGGGGUCACGAAGGGCAUCAUGGAGAAUUUUGUCUUCCAUUGAACAAAAAGAGGAAUCAAGAGGCAAUGAAGUGAAUGUAAAACGGAUUAAGGAAUACAGACAAAAAGUUGAAACAGAGUUAUCUGACAUUUGUAGUGAUAUCAUGGUUGUGAUUGAUGAACAUCUCAUUCCAUCUUCUUCUGCUGGUGAAUCCACUGUUUUCUACUACAAAAUGAAAGGUGAUUAUUAUAGGUAUCUUGCAGAGUUCAAAUCUGGUAAUGAUAAGAAAGAAGCAGCUGAUCAGUCUUUGAAGGCUUAUCAAUUGGCUUCAACUACUUCAGAAGCUGAUUUAUCUCCUACUCAUCCUAUUCGAUUGGGUUUGGCUUUGAACUUUUCAGUGUUUUAUUAUGAGAUUAUGAACUCUCCUGAAAGGGCAUGCCACCUGGCGAAACAAGCUUUUGAUGAAGCUAUAUCAGAGCUUGAUUCCCUGAGUGAGGAAUCCUACAAAGACAGCACUUUAAUUAUGCAGCUUCUGAGAGACAAUCUCACUUUAUGGACUUCUGAUAUUCCUGAAGAUGGAGAUGACCAAAAAAUGGAAAUCACCAAAUCUGGUGCAGAAGAUGCUGAGUAAAUUCAUCGAUUGGUGAUGGGGUGAAAAGAAAGUAUGAUGUAAUUUUAUUUUGUAAGCUUGAAUUUGAAGAAUUGUUUUUUUUUUUUUUUUUUUUUUUUUUUAGGUUGUGUUUUUAAAUGGUUUUUGAGUCGUUUAUUCAUUUAGACAUUUAUCUAUUAAGAUUGAUUGUUGUUUCAUCUUAAUGGUUCAGUUUGUGUCUUGAUGAUUUGCAAACUCGGGUAAAUUAAAUUAAAUUACGAUGCCUGAUUAAUUAGGAAA